CGGCUAUGGGCGGAUCCACCGAAAACCACGCCCCCUGAGCCUUGCCCUCCUCAAUGCUGCAAGCGAGCCAACCGACCCGUAGUCAGUCGCCGGUCCCGAGGACGAUGCUACGUGCAAGUAUCUCGUUUAACACUUCCUGACGUUUACCUGGGGGCGUUGCAAGAGUGUUAUGCGUGGGAAAUAAUCCCUCAUAUUGAUGCCGUGAAUCUCACUGGGCAAAAACAACGCACGUCUAACCGUCAAUACAGCAGAAUUUAGCGAAAUAUUUCCAUUAGCAAUGCACAUCCUUGGAGUUAAUGUUACAUAACGCCGCCAGCAGUGUAGAAAUGAUAAAUGCGUUCGUUCGUCAUGUCCGCCGGUUCCCCUGGGUCACCAACGUGACGUUGUACGGCUGCCUGUUCGCGGGAGGGGACUUCGUCCACCAGUGUUUUGCCCACAGGGACAAAGUGGACUGGAGCCACACGCGGAAUGUCGCCGUGGUCGCGUUCAGUUUCCAUGGCAACUUCAAUUUCUUCUGGAUGCGCUUUCUGGAGCGCCGGUUCCCCGGUAAUUCCGCCCGGAUGGUGAUGAGGAAGGUGUUGGUGGACCAGACCACGGCGGCGCCCUUGGCCACCGGCGUUUUCUACACAGGUGUCAGCUUCUUGGAGGGUAAAGAGGACAUCAUGGAAGACUGCCGAGAGAAAUUCCUGAACACUUACAAGACAGGAUUAAUGUUCUGGCCCUUCAUGCAGUUUCUGAACUUUGCUCUGGUGCCUCCAUAUGUACGGACCACCUUCAGUGGCUGCUGUGCCUUUGUCUGGGCCACGUUUCUGUGCUUCUCACGUCAGAGUGGCGACGGCACAGCCGGCGCUGCCCUUGCAUGGAUGUUCCCCUCCAAAGAGAAUCAAGCAGACCCCGCAGAGAAGACAGAGGAAGUGAAGGUAGUUGUUUCUCAGGAGGCGGCGGGAACUCCUCCAUCCAAACACAAGUGACCAAAACAAAAAGACAGGACAAGACGCUGGUUGCCAUGGAGACGGGAGAGCGCAGCUCAUGUGUCACUCAGGGUUCAGUGUUCAGCCUAAAACUGCCGUGGUAAUUCCGCUUCAAAAUAUACUUAUGGGCCACAACAUGAGUGGACAAUGUAAUUAGACACUACUGCAAACAAGAAGUAAAUAUAGUGUUAAAUCCAAAGGCAGAAUGUUUUGCUACACUUGUAAUUGUGUACCUAAUCUUAUGAUCACUGAGUAAAACGGUGCUCCUCAAAGCUGCAAUAACAGUGAGAGGCCAUUUAAGUGUUGUCUUCCAUACCACAGAAAGCAUGCAUCACCUUUAAUUUAACUUAGCUAGUUUGUCAUGCUAAAUGUAUGGCUGUACAAUUAUUAAGAUUUUUCCGUAAAUUUUGGUCGAAAAGUGGGGCGUACAAAACCUGAGGUACCACAGUAAUUGUUUUUUAAUGUAAAACAUUUAAUUGAAAGUAUAACUGUUAGUGGCAUAUUGUCGGCUUUGGAACAGGGGUCUCUAGCAUGUAGCUCAUUUGAAGUCGCUCACAAAGGGUCAAGGAAUAUUUGUCUGAACACUUAGGGCCAGUUCUACUCAAGGUUUGCAUGUAUUAAAACAUGUGCAAACUCGAUAGUGUGCGCAAAACUGAUCGACUAAGUCGUGCACGGAGAAUUUAGGGCCUGAUUUCCUAAAGGUUUGCGUGUACUAAAACACAUUCAAACCCGAUAACACACGCAAAGCUGGUCUACUAAACUUGCGCAAAGUGCAUUGCGUCCGUUAAGUGAGUAGAAUAAGGCGUGCAAUCCAUUUGGCGUCUGUCUUUAUUAAUAUGCAAAAUAUAAGUUAAGUUAAAGUACCAAUGAUUGUCACACACACACACUAGGUGUGGCGAAAUUGUUCUCUGCAUUUGACCCAUCACCCUUGAUUACCCCCUGGGAGGUAAGGGGAGGGUUGGGCAGCAGCAGGGGCCGCGCCCGGGAAUAAUUUUUGGUGAUUUAACUCCCAAUUCCAACCCUUGAUGCUGAGUGCCAAGCAGGGAGGUAAUGGGUCCCAUUUUUAUAGUCUUUGGUAUGACUCGGCCGGGGUUUGAACUCACAACCUACCGAUCUCAGACGCCCACAAUAUGGGUGGAGAAGAGCUAAUCAUUUUGCACACGCAAUGUGAUUCAUCGACAUGCAUCACCGUUUUGCGAACACUUUUUGGCCAUUUUAUUUAGAACGUGUCAAAAGGACGUGCAAACUGACAAUUCCACACACAGCUGCAGGAUUGGUGCCGCCACUGCAAACACAGACGAUGGACGGACAAAAACUUCUAUCCGUCACGUGUGUGUCAAGAUUUUGGGCGGUAGAAAAAGAUUUUUAGCCAUACAGUCUAUUCAGCUAGACAAUUUUAUAGCGGCAAGACGACUUAAAGGGCUGAUUAAAACAAGUUCAAUGAAGCGCUUUGGUGACCUUCAGUAUUUUUUAAAUGACGUUUGUUUUUUUCACAUAGUAUAAAGUAUAUUAUUUUUAUACUACCCCGCCUUCCGCCCGAUUGUAGCUGAGAUAGGCUCCAGCGCCCCCCGCGACCCCAAAGGGAAUAAGCGGUAGAAAAUGGAUGGAUGGAUGGAUAUUAUUUUUUAAAAAUGUAUAUGAAAAAAAAAAAUGAAGUAUGCAUAGUUUUUUUCACAUGGUAUAAAGUAUAUUAUCUGUAAAAAAAAAAUCAAAUAAAAUAAAAUAAAAAAUAAAAAAGUGGUACCAAUGUAGAUGCACUGCGCGACUCCUUCUAAAAUGCCCAUAAAAAGUGGUAGAUGCCUCCUGCUUGUUUGACAACAUAACAAAACGUCACAGGUGGGAGCAUGAUAAUAUGAAAGUGCUGUAAAUGAGAGUUCCUCAGUGGUAAUGCCCUGUAUUGUACACACAAAAUCCUCAUUGCACCACUUUUCAAUUGCACACAUAGCAUUGGUAAAUCACACACGACAUGCCCACUAAUAGUACACGCAAUUUUAAUGUUUGUACACGCUGAUUACCGCGUAAUGUAUCGAUCUUAGUAAAUCAGGCCCUAAUUCUCUUACAUGAGCAAAUUAGCGAGUGUUAUCCAUUUAGUGUGUCUGUUUUCAUGUAUAUGCAGAAUAUAUGUUGAUUAUUAGAAUGCCCACAAUACUGUUGAGUAGAUUCAAAUAUAAUCAUUAGGGAUGUGCGAUAAUAUAAAUAACGAUAACCGAUAAUAUCGAGACCUUUACAACUGUUAACGAUAACAGAUAUUUAUUUAUGUGUAUGUAUUUACACAAGGUAUUGUGAGAAGAAAUUAAUUUACUAGUUUACACUUUUUCGCAUAAUGUAUACACUCCAACAAAAAAUAUGCAAAUCUAUUGAAGGGAUAAGGAUUAUGUCAACUAAUAUUUCUUUACUUAAUUAACUUAUCAAUUAAGUACAAAUACACUUCCAACUAUAAUUCUGACCCAUUGCAAACAAUUAGAAUUAUUGCAUAGGAGGAAAACAUGUGGAAUUUAUUGAUUUUAAAAAAUUUAAAUUAUUUAAUUGAUAGACAACAAGCAACUCAAAUAUUCUUAAUAUUACUUCAUGAAAUGAAAAUAACUAUCUGUCCAUCACAACAUAUAUAACUGAGGCCAAUAGAACUAAACCAAUUAGAUUCUGCAUUGCCGUUAGUAACACCAAACCAAGCGGAGUGAUAUCUCUUGUUGAUUGUGAAAAAUAGAAUAAAUAAUAUUUUUCCCUGAGAGUAACAAAAAAAUUAAGUAGUGCAAUAAGUGCCUGCCCUAGUAGAGUGCAUUUUUUCCCCACUAAUAAAUCAUAAGAGUUAAAUAGUUAAAACAGUGACCUGUCCCUCCAUGUGAACCAUGAAGUCAAACAUAAACAAUUACACAUUUUGUUAUUUCACCCUGAGGUCUUGUCUUUCCAAACUGUUUCCUCUUAUCAGACACUUAUCAGUCCUGUGGCUUUAUGUUUGCUGCGGUCGCCGCUAUUAACACCAGGUCUCAGACAGCUUCAUACUGCUGCCAUAAAUCCUCACGUUAGCUCAUUUUUAAGGUGACUUAUCAGAUUUUAUUGUAUUGAAGCUCGUCUUCAACCUUCCCCGUUUAAUUUGUGCAAAACAAGAUUUGCAAACUGCGAGUAAAAUGUCUUCAUCUGACACAGUAAAGAAAGCCCACACCCGCGACUGUUGGGCCAUGAUACUUUUCUCCGUACACAACAGGCCGCACAUGUAGUAUGAUGACAUCACAAAUAUGCGACCAUACUGGAGGGGAUCCAGGUAGCAGCACAAGCCACAACACAGAGAACAACGACAAACACGGAGAAAUCUUUAUUAUUAUUAUCGGCUCAUUUUAUCAGUUGACUUGUUAUCGGAAUUAUUGAUUUGAUGUCAUAAUUGCCAUAGAUGGUUGUCGAUAAUACCGUGCAUCCCAAAUAAUCAUUUAGCACUCACAAUGUGAUUUAUCAAGACUGAUAAAAAACAAAUCCUCCUUCCUUUAUGUGUGUGUCAACAUAUAUGGACUGUCAGAAAUAACUAAUAUAUUAGACAAAUCGUCUUUUCAGCAAUAUCAUCAUAUCAUUUUAUAGCUGCAUAAGGGGCUGAUUAAAACUAAUUCAAUUGAUUUGUUGUGGUGUCUGCUGGCAUUUUUUAAAUGUUUAUUAAUUUAUCUGACAUUUUUUUUGCAGCAUGCAUUGUAACGUGCAUUUUUGGAUCAUUCCAAAUGCACCAUAACAGCUGUGUCUGCCAGAGCGCAGCGAUUAGUUUCGCUCUGCUAAAAAUAGAUUCUGUUGUCUCAAUCGCAAUUUGAGAUGGUGUGUGCUGCAUAUUUCACUACAUGCCCACUAAUAGUAACAGCACAUGAGCAUAUGAUGUAAUGAAUGUGUAGGGAAAUGAAUGUCUCUUCUUGGCACAGCCUGUAGGGUAGACACAAAAUCCUCAUAUAAAUAGGGCAACCUGCACCACUUUUGUACUUGUUAUCAAUUGCGCAUGCAGUCUUAGUAGAUCACACGCAACAGACCCACUAAUAAUACGUGCAAUUGAAUAGUUUGCACAUGCUGUUUCGCGUGUGGUAUUUGGACCUUAGUAGAUCAGGCCCGUAGUAUUUUUUUUAACUGCUAAAUUCAGACAGAAUGUUUCUAUUUAUUGACAAACACUUCAAAAUAGCAUUAAGACAGCGACUACACUUUUUGAGUGGGGAUCUGCUUUGUAAAUAAAGAACAAUUUAAAUGUUGCCAGUCAUAGUAAAACACAAAUAUCUCUUCUCUUCUUUCUUUAUGUCAAAGUAGCUCUCAAAUAAUAACGUAACGUAACGUGCUAGAUCGGGGAUGUCCAAAUUGCGACCCAGGGGCCGUUUCCGUUCACAGCUCGUUUUUAAUUGAAUUUCUAAUUAUUAAUGUGAUGUUACUCUAAUUUGCUUUGUCACCUAUAAGACAAAGCUAAGACGGGAUGUUUUGUUCAGAUUGCUUUUAGCAUAUUUUAUGUACAAAAUGUUUCACAGUGGCCCCGCCUCCUUUCAUUGUUAUGAAUGUGGCCCUCGCUGGAAAAAGUUUGGGCACACCUAUGCUAAAUAAAGGGCUUUUCAUAUUAUAUUUUUUUUAGUGUUUGCCAAAAACUGGCGACCAGUCUAGGGUGUACCCCGCCUUUUUCCCCAAAGUGAGCUGAGAUAGACGCCACUUAUCCUAGUUAGGAUAAGAAAAUGGAUGGUUGUUUGCCAAAAAUUCAGACCUGCCAAAUUGUAUGUAUUUUUAGCUCAAUAAGUCACUCAAAAUUACAAAGUAGUUUCAGUUGUGCACAUGCACUGUUCGAUUUCACCUCUAUGCUACGUGCACUUUUUUUUUUUGCAAAGCUAAAGGGUUUAUCUACCCAACAAUUGGGUCGUAAACGCCACUAUCUGCAUUCCACAGAUAAGUAGUAAAUAUUUUAGCAAGGUUGGCAGUAAAAGUGUAUUUCACUUCAGACCUCUAGAGGGAGCCAAGUAACAAGAGAAUAUCCAUCCAUCCAUCCCAUCCAUUUUCUACUGCUUGUCCAUCCAUCCAUUUUUCUAUCCCUUGUCCAUCUGGCGGCCGCGGGGGUCCUGGAGCCUAUCCCAGCUGCACUUGGGCGGAGUACACCCUGGACAAGUCGCCAUCUCAGCGCAGGGCCAACACUGAACACUGAUAGACAUACAACAUUCACACACUGGCUAUUCUUUAUUGUUGCUUUAAUUUGCUCUCGAUCCAACCCUCCUUGGAUGUUUCACAGUAUUUUGCGCAUACACUCUGAUGCUAUGAUGCUGAAGACAUGACGUUGUUGAGCUAUUGUGAUCUCGGUUACACUGAAAGUAAAAAUUAGGGAAAAGUCAGCCUGGGUUGAAGGGAUUGGUGCUAAUAACACUUUUCAUUAUAGCUACUGAAUGUCUUAACCACGCACAGUAAGCAUCAUUUUAAAUGCUCAAAUGUCAAAAUGGAACUGCUGCUGCGUUGGAGGAAGUUUACAUUCUGGUCCUAUAAACUAUAAUUUGAAAAGAAAAACAGUACAUUUUCAUUAUUCUCUCUAAAUAAUACAAGGAAUAUUGUUUUGAAGCUACUUACUUGAAUAUGCAAUUUUCUUCUCCAGAUUCUGUUUUACAAGAAUGUAACAUAAUUGUCUUUGUACUUUCCAUGUUGUUUUCAGUGAACAUGUUCAUAAUUUUUCAUGUAUGCUGUUAUUUGGACAUUUUGCAUGUGAAAACAGUAAGUUUUAAACAUCCGCCAAAUUUUUUGGGCAAGAACAUUUGCACUCAACUGUGUUCCUUAUAUCACUAAAAGGUUUUGUUUUAUGUCCACAAUGUAUAUAUAGAAUACGCACUGUAUAUUGAACACGUGGGAUUAUUUUUGCCUUGAUUUGUUUCACAGAAAAGACAAUGUAAUCAUAUGAUAACUAAUUUAUUUGAGUAGAGAUGACUACUUUUUGAUCAGACACUUUUCAAUUGCACUGUAACUUAUCUUUAGGAAGUGUCUUGUUUUAUUGUGCUGAUGUAGAGUUCAGGUGCAUCUCAACAAAGUAGAAUAUGGCCCAAAGGUUAUGAUGUCAGUAAGAAAGCAAUUCAAGGCUCAGGAUGUUUUUGCAGUUAGUGUGCUGAUUGGAGUGUGAACCAAUAGGUUUAUAUAAUAUUCAACUUUUUAAAAAUUUCUCACAUUUUAUGAACUACUGAAUUUGGGCUUUUUACGAGUUGUUAAUCAUCACAAUUAUUAAUACAUUCUGGAAACAUUUCACUUUGUACAUGGCGAAUCUAUAGAAUAAAAUAAUAUCAAUAUAUAGAAUAUAAGUUUUUACUACUGUAUAAAAUUUACUUAAAAAAAUAUUCAGAUGAAUUUAAUUGCACAUGCAUUUUUUUGAUAGAUUGAUUGAUUGAAACUUUUAUUAGUAGAUUGCACAGUACAGUACAUAUUCCCUACAAUUGACCACUAAAUGGUAACACCCGAAUACGUUUUUCAACUUGUUUAAGUCGGGGUCCACGUUAAUCAAUUCAUGGUACAAAUAUAUACACUAUCAGCAUAAUACAGUCAUCACUCAAGUUAAUCAUCAGAGUAUAUACAUUGAAUUAUUUACAAUCGGGGGGGACGAGACUGGACAUGUACAACACUGGACCCAAACAGUUCAUCUACUGACAUUAUCAGCAGACUGUGUACUAAAGGCUGUAAGUUAAAACUGUACUAGCUAAACUGUGUCUCUUUGUAACAUGGAUUUGAAUAUUAAUAUAGUUUAUAGUAUUUGACGCAACGGAAAUUAUUGUUACACUGUGAUAGAGAUGUAAUAAAUCUAUAGCC